AUGAUACAUAACUUGCAACAUGGCUUCUUGCGAGGCAGAAAUUGCACAACUCAGUUGAUACAAGUUUGCCACAAGAUUCUAACAGCUCUGGACAAUAAACACUCUGUUGAUGUAAUUUACCUCGAUUUUCAAAAAGCGUUUGAUAAAGUAUCUCAUCGUUUACUACUGUAUAAAUUAAGUAAACAUGGUUUUCUUGGUUCUAUGCAUAACUGGUUUAACAGUUACCUUACUGAAAUAAGGGUUCAAAGAGUGGCUCUUGAUGGACACUAUUCUGAAUGGCUUGAAGUCACCUCUGGUGUGCCCCAGGGAUCUAUUCUGGGCCCACUACUUUUUAUACUGUUUAUUAACGACCUUCCCGAACAAGUUCACCCACCAACAGAAAUGGCAUUAUAUGCCGACGAUUCAAAAUUAUACAGAGUGAUUACAUCCGAUGCUGAUACUGGAAGUUUACAGAACAAUUUAAACGAAGUAAGUUCAUGGACUGAAGAGUGGUAUAUGAAACACUAAUAAAUGUAAAGUAAUGAGAUUGUCGAGAAAGAAAAUCUAGACAACCCAUGAUUAUAAAUUGGGUUAUGAAACUCUCGAAUGCGUUAAAACCACUAAAGAUCUAGGAAUAACUGUAAGCGAAGAUGUUAGUUGGGGAACACAUAUUUCAAAGAUUACAGCCAAAGCAAAUCGUACACUUGGGCUUAUUAAGCGAACGUGUAAGGAUAUCGAAGAUCAAAGUAUCAGGAAGCUUCUCUAUCUUACAUUGGUCAGGCCACAGCUGAAAUUUUUAUCUGAACUGUGGCCUCCUUCAGAAGUGAAAUAUCAACUUCUGUUGUUAGGGGUACAACGCAGAACUACAAAGUUCAUCCUAAAUUAAACUCAUCAUACUGACUAUAAAAAACGUUUGAUUCAACAAAAUCUCCUACCACUUGAUGUUCGGCGAAAUAUGAAAGAUCUUUUAUUCUUUUUCAAGUGUAGAGCUGGGCUUUUGGAUAUUCAAUUACCUAAUUAUGUGCAGAACCGACCAGCCCCUAAAUAUAAUUUUAGAUCAUAUGAUGAGAAUGAUUUUACUGAUUUUAAAUGUAGAACUCAAUAUUUUAAAAAUUCCUAUAUUCCUCCAGUUGUGAGAAAGUGGAAUUCGUUAGAUAGUGAUAUUAAAACAAUUGACAGCCUUGAUAUUUUUAAGUCAAAACUAUAUCAGAAAUUUUAUAGUGAACUUAAUGCUUAUGAACUCCCACAUAAAUAGUUUGUAUUUACUAUUGUCCUUUAGUCUGUAGUCUGUAGUAAUUAAUGCAUAGAUUUUAUAUAACUUUAUAUACAUGUAGGUUUUAUAUUGGUAGUCAUGUUAAAUUGGGGCAAUGCACUGUUUGGCCACCAGUUGCUUUAAAUAAUUACAUGCAUAUUUGUAUUUAGUCUUGUAUAGAUAUACAUUUAUGUAUAAUUCUCUGAAUGCAACAAAGUUAUUAAUUAAAUCAAAUCAAAUCAAAGAAGAAAUACCAAUGUUAAGUUUGCGAUUACAUGUUCAUAGUGAUUAUUUUAUUCGUUCGUGAUUGUAUGUUUGAUGCAUAGUUUACUAAUAUUGGCAGAAGAUACUGUAUCUGUACUUCAAAAAGUGUAUUUGGCAACAGGGCACCUAUUGUGAUCAUUAUUAAGGUUGACAUGAUUGCAUAUCCGGCACAUGUGCUAUAGCUGCGGGUUUUUUGGCAUGUCUACAUAAAAAUUCACCGUUUGUGUUUACUCGAACAUCUACUGGCAAUACACAAAUCUAAGAACAGCUAAAAGAGAUAGACGAAGAGCAAGAACAAAAAGUGACAUCAUGCAAGACGCCGAAAUUGACUUUUGUUAAAGUUCAUGCUUUAACAAUAGUUAAAGUCGGUACCUUUGUGUCAUAAUUGCUUACCUUUACCACCUGCUCGAUGAUAUCGACCUAGUGGAAACCAUCCACUUCUCAGAUGAACCACUCAGGGUUACAUCACAUGAUAUGACAUUGAUUUUAUCAUUUUUAUUUUUUAUAUAUUUGUAUUAAGGCACAAAAAUCUGUCAUAUUCGACAAUUUUUUAAAAAUUCUUAAAAAACAUUUCAUUUUUGUGUUUUGGCUUUGCUUUUUGCCUUUGUAGUUUCCUUGGUCUUUCCAGUUCCUUACGCGUUGGCGCUUGGCCGGCAUAGCUCAGUAUAAUUUCUACCCGUGUGGAUAUGUGUUAAUAUUUAAUAGUUUAAUCAACUCAUUAACAAUUAGUCGCCGAAGGCGAGGUGAUUACAAGCCUAUAUUCACUGAGCCGAUGGCGAAGUGAAUAUAGGCUUGUAAUCACCGAGCCUGAGGCGACUAAUUGUUUUAGUAUAAAUUCCCAGGUGUUUACAAACAAUAAUCCACACAACUUUAUAAAAAUUCACUUCAAAUAAAUUUAUUUUCACUGUAAAUAGUUUGUUUACAAAAUUUAAAUCUCAGAGACGGCUCUGUGUCGCGUUGCGACUAAGCCAGUCUUUUUUCCAAAUAAAAGCACGUAAAGUUUAAUAUUUUACCUUGAAAUAUUUUUAAAUCAUAUUUUGUAGCUUGUUUGGGUUUUUCGGAGUGCUAUCUUCUUUAAUUUUGGCAAUUUCCUCCUCUGUUACUACGGCAAAAGAGCAGCCAUUUUGAAAAAAAAGCUAUAGUCACUGACCAGUGACUAUCACUUCAGAGACAGUGAAUCUUGACCAAUCAGAAUGCAGAAAAAUCAAUAGUCACCUGGAAAUUUAUACUAAAACAACAUAGUAGCAUCCUAGCCUAUAGACUAAAAACAAUAAAAUAAGUAAGAACGUGUUCGUAUUUCCGAUUUAGUUCAAUACUUUUUAAUUUAAGUUCUUUGUAUGUUUGCAUGGCGAUAAAAUAUAAUUGUUUUAUUAAUCACAAUUUUAUUUUUAAUUUUAAUCACAAUUAUAACUUUCGCGCAGUUUUAUACGAUGAUAAAAAUUCUUUGCCAUAUAUCUCGUUUGUUUUUUAAGAUUUUCAAAUUUGUUUUUAAAUUUAAAAAUUUUUAAUUUUUAAUUUAAAAUUAAAUUAAUUUAAAAUAAUUAAAUUAAUAAAUUAAUUAAUUUUAAUUAAAUUAAUUUUAAUUAAUUUAAUUAAUUUUAUUUAUUAAAUUUUUAAAUUAAAUUUUUAAUUUUAAAUUUUUAAAUUUUUUUAAUCUAUAGGCUAGGAUGCUACCAUGUUGUUUGAGUUGAUUAAAAUAUUAAAUAUUAACACACAUCCACACGAUUGGAAAUUAUACUGAGCUAUGCCGGCCAAGCGCCAACGCGUGUAAGGAACUGGAAAGACCAAGGGGGGAAAAUCUAAAAAAUUGUUUGUUUUUUAGAUUUUAACAAAACUAUUAUACUUUUUAAUUUGCAAGCACAUUUUCCAACGUCUCACACGCUAUCGAUAACUCAAUUUGCUGAUAUCAAAGCGAUCAAAAUAGCUAUAUAGGGUAUAAAAAAAACGAACAUGAAACCAAAGCUACUUAAUUCUCGUGGCGCAAAGGGUGCAUGCUAUUAACUUUAAAAAACUCUCAUUGCAAAUGUAUUCUUUGUAAUCUCAUAUUUUGUAGUUAUAUAUUGUGGGGAUACGUUUUGUAUCUUUUAUUGUAUAUGUAAUUUCAUAUGUGCGUGUAUUGGUAUUUUACGAAUAAAAUUUAUUAUUAAUACAAACUAAAAUGUGUUGAUUAAAAAUUUUUCACUAGUUAUUUUUCAUUGUGUGUGCCAAAUUUCAAAGGAAUGCCUCAAGAACUGAGCGCGGCGCGGUCGAUUUUGCAUGUUCAUAGUAAUUAUUUUACUCGUUCGUGAUUAUAUGUUUCAUGCAUAUUUUACUAAUAUCCGCAGAAGGUACUGUAUCUGUACUUCGAAAAGUGUAUUUGGUAACAGGGCACCUAUUGUACGUGAUCAUCAUUAAGGUUGACAUGAUUGCAUAUCCGGCACAUGUGCUAAGGUUGUUUAGCAUGUCUACAUAAAACUUCACCGUUUGUGUUUACUCGAACAUCUACUGGCAAUACACAAAUCUAAGAACAGCUAAAAGAGAUAGACGAAGAGCAAGAACAAAAAGUGACACCAUACAAGACGCCGAAAUUGACUUUUGUUAAAGUUCAUGCUUUAACGAUAGUUAAGGUCGGUACCUUUGUGUCAUGAUUGCUUAUAUACCUUUACCACCUGCUCGAUGAUAUCGACCUAGUGCGAACACAUACACUUCUCAGAUGAACCACUUAGGGUUACAUCACAUGAUAUAACAUUGAUUUUAUCAUUUUUAUUUUUUAUAUAUUUGUAUUAAGGCACAAAAAUCUAUCAUGUUCCGCAAUUUUUUAAAAAAAUCUUAAAAAACAAACGAGAUAUAUGGCAAAGAAUUUUUAUCAUCGUAUACAAAUGCGCGAAAUUAAUAAUUUGUGAAAUUUCACAUCCAUGCACGCGAAAUUUCACAUGCAUGCAAAAACUGUUUGCUAUUGGCUCAACCUGCAUAAACCGCUGCCUUCUCCUCUUCAGCAAAAUUUUCAUUUUUGUGUUUUGGCUUUGCUUUAUGCCUUUGUAGUUUCCUUGGCCUUUCCUUUCUUACGCAUUGCCGCUUGGCCGUCAUACAGUAGCUCAGUAAUUUCCACCCUUGUGGAUAUGUGUUAAUAUUUAAUACUUUAAUCAACUCAAACAACAUGGUAGCAUUCUAGCCUGAAGACUAAAAAUAGAGGCCCCUGAAGGGGCAAAAUGGGAACUGGGAUUGAUCUAUUUUUGACUGGGAAAAUGGGAUUUGGGUUGCUGGGACUGGGAUUUGGCCACUGGGAAUGGGAAAUGAAGUCCUCAAAAAUGGGAAUGGGAUUGAGGUAAUGCGAGUCGAUUCCCAAUUUUUCUACGUUUCAAAGUAUUUUAAAAUACAAUUUUGAUCCGUUUUUGGUGUCUUUGGUCAUGAUAUUCACAGCACUACCUGCGAACAGGCAUAUUCUGGCGCCCGGAAUUCUGGGUUUUCUGAUUUUAAUAUGCGUGUCUCAGCAUGCUGCAAAUGCCAUUUCCGAGAUUCAAAUUUUAAAAUUUUCCGUGCCUUUGGAACGGGACAAGCGCACUAGGACGUACUGUCUGCGCCCCAUAUGCCAUAACGCCAUUGUAUAUCUCAAAAGUACAGGGGAUAGAAUGCUCUGCGAACGAAGUAUUUCUGCUCCAUUUCGUUCACAGAAGAUCUAAUAUAACAUUUUAAAACAAUUAAGUUCCAUUAAAAUUCUCAAAGUUAAUAAUUAACAGGAUAUGAAUGUAACUUGUUAUGUCAUAUAGCAUUCUUAAUCGUUGUUUGUUUUUACAAAUUUCGGCAGAGCACAAGUGGGUUAUUUGAGAAGUUAUAUAGUCCGUCAAUAUAAAGAUAGGUAUCGCGAAUGUUUUACGCUAGAUAUGUCACACUUACUGUUAAUUUAUUGCAUAGUAAUAUAACAUCCGGUUACUUUCGCAUGCGGGUAACGGCUGAGUCAACUGCUAAUUCGGGUCCUCCGAAGGUAAAGAACGUUUGCUUUAUAAUCACUUAUGGUCAAUGUGACAUUUCACAUCUUUCUAGAGCACAAUUUGCAGAUUUAUAAUUGUCGACGCAUGGGUAGGAAGGAGCACUAAGUAGGUGGGAAUGUCGGAGGCUCAUGGAAUGGGCGGUAGUCACUUCCACACGGCAAAAAAAAUUGUCCAGAAGAUCGAGGUGGCGAGCUAUCGGAAAGCACGAGAACAGUAAAUGUGGCAUUUUAUUGAACCUUUCCGCAGACAAUCUCAAAAAUUACUAUUCUGCGUAUUCGUACGUGGUAAAGGAAGACCCGGACUUGGUGAUUUCUCCAGGGCUUAUAGACCUCCGCAAUGCUGACGUGUUAGCGAGUACUAGCGCGACCAGCCGAAGCAAGAAAGUUGCACAGGCUUCCAAAAAUAUGUAACGAAAGGGACUCGCAGUAUACGGCGUUGUACGCAUUAUACAAUACUGAUGUUAGUGUUAUACGCUAAUUAAGCUAAUAAGCGUUUCCGGACGAGACGAAUGCAAUGAAACUAACAUCGGUUGACACUUCGAUUGUCACUAUAGAAAUAUGAAAUAACAGGCGACUAGACAUCUUUUAAAACAGAACAAGGCUAAGAAUAAUCUGUUGAAAAUGUCUAACAAUGUAUUUGCAAUUAAUGAAAGGGUUUGAAAUUGAUUAAACCAAGUUUUGGAUCGAUUGACACUUUUUUACAUAAAUAAAUCUGAUAUAUCACAGUGAUAUUUCUAGAGUUGAGUGUCAAUCGAUACAUUUUAUACAAUUUUUGUGAUUAAGUAGAACCCGUAAUAUAUCAACAAGCGCUCCCUAAACACGUUUGCUUAGUACUUAAUGUUCUGAAAAUGAUUAUGCCGCGACAAUUGAAUUAGUUAUAUCAAUGAAAAUGCUAUGUGUUUCAAAGUGACAACCGAGCACGUGUUCAAGCCGUUUUAUAUUACAUACAUGUUUUCAUGUCAAAUAUGCACAAUCUUUAAGUGGUCUUCGAUAACUUACCUUUGCAUUUUAUUUAGCAUUAACCUAGUUCGAUAAGUAACCAGAUAGAUGUGUUUUCUCCCUUGCAUAUAGACCAGGUUUAAUCGCUCGGCAUACUACCCUCCCCACACUCACAUCUUUCAGUAUAAGCUCAUUUAUAAUACACUGCUGGAUUGUGUUACAUUUCAAAGAUAUUGACCACAACCGAAGCACAGUAAGGACGUUACAUUAUGCCAAUGCAAUUCAGUAAACAUGUUAUACUAAAUGCUAUAUGAUUUUCGCGACACUGAUUUUAUAAAAUACUCGGUAAUUCAAAGAGGUUAAAUAUGCCUUUCAUUGCCUUUCAGACAAUCAAUUUCAAAAGUCUUGGGACAGAUGCCACAAAACCUUUGAAUUUCAACAAAACGUCAAUCCCCCUGCCCCCUGUUCAAUGUUGUGUCCCAUUUCUCGUCAGGUUUGUUGUGUUUUGGUUGGAGCAACAUUGAUUGGGGUGGGGUGGGGGGAGGGGGAGGGGAGCGGUAUUGUGUGUAAAAAACUGUAAUGAUCCACUUACAAUCUAAAACUACAUGUGUCCCAACAACUUCUGAAAGUGAUUGUAGUUGUGUUGGCGCUUUAUGUAUGACUCCAAAAGAUAUAUUUUUGCUGUUUUUAUUUUGUUCUCAAUAAAUAUAUAACGAUUUAUUGCGUGAGUUGACACUGGUGGCAGCAUGGGAUCAACAAAGACUGUUAUCCCAGACAAGAUAUUUUCUGGAGAGGAAGAUAUAUAUCCGCGAGUUUCUUCGAGAUUUCGAGAUUUACGUGGCCGUAAACGAGUGGUCGGACGAGAAGGCUGGCCAAUUUCUGGCUGUAUUUUUGACUGAUGAUGCAAAGGCUUUUUACCACCAGCAACAAGAAUCUGUACGGAAGAGUUAUAAAGAACUUUCCGGGGCGUUGAAAGAAAGGUAUGAGGGUGGUCUUGCAUUAUUAAAAUACAAGAAAGUCUUUAAUGGCAGAUGCAGGAAGAGUGUAGACACAUUGCAUUCCUAUCUAUCAGAGCUGAGAUUAGCAUAUGAUAGGGCUUAUAGUCUUCCCGCGGUUGACCCCUUGCCUGAAGGAGCAAGUGCAGAGGUCAAAAAUGAUAGAUUUAAGCAAGAAGGAGCAUUGGCAUUCUAUAAUAAGAGAAAGAAUGAGGAUGUAUUAUGUCAGUUUAUCAAUGGCCUGGAUAAAGAUCUAAAGGAGGUGUUGAUUUGA